AUGGAUUUGGAGAAUUUCCAAAUACCAAAAACCCCCCUUUUCUACCCAUCUUGUUUCCGCUGCACCAAUAGUGCUCACGGAGUGGGUGCUAGCAAGGAAGGGCCCGCGCCAUUGUCUAGAUUUCUUCCUUCGUUGAUUUUGCUCGAGCUGCUGGAAAGGUACACGCAUCUUGGGCACAGGGACUGCUGUCUUGCUUGUCCUGCUUGUUGA